AUGCUGCUUCGCGUUCUCUACUUCGAACGCAGCAGACGCUUUGUCAAUGUGUUGAUCCUCAUGUUGUUCAGCGCUGCCCAGGCCGCUACGUUCGUUGGGCUGGUUAAGGAGGGUAUCUACAAUUACCUCAUGUCGCCUCUCGUGGCUGGAGCGCUGUAUUUUGUAGUGGUGGUCUGUGUGUCGUGCAAACUUUUCAUGAUCUACGGCACGCGCUUCGUGACAAGCACAGAGUUCGGGUUGUUCCAGUUCAUUCUGCUGGCCUGGCUUGCGUGGGACGCAGAGUGGAUGUUCCUAGUGGUGCCGGUGGACGAGUACGCGUACAGGGCCAUCUAUAUCUACACGGACAUCGUGCUGAGCGUCUUCUUCUCUAUCGCCUGGCUGGCGUCGCUAUUGGGUUCGCAUCGCUAA